AUGAGAGAGGACCAUAGCGAAGGCAGAAAAACACAUUACAAGCUGAGAGAGGAGGGAAAGAGCGAGAAAAACAUGCUGUCUAGCGAGGCAAAAAGAAGAAGAGUUUCCGAGGAGAGAGAAAUGCCAGAAAAAGAAUCAAGCAGCUUGCACAGAUCAAGAGAAUACGAAAGGAAAGAGAAGAGUAGCAGAGAAGAAGAGUAUGAUAGCCUAGAUAAAAUACUAACAGAUGGAGACACCGAAGAAUCAGGUGAAAGCGAGGCUCUGGAUGAAGAAAGAGAGUCCUCAAGCAAAGACGAUUUUUUCUAUUCAGAUGAUAAGCUAGGGAUAGACUCUGCAAAGAGCGGGAGCGCAGCAGGAGCAGGACCGAUGUAUACGAAUGGCGAAACAAACGAGCAGGACACGGAUAGCGCAGACAAUAUCACUGAGUCGAGAGAAACACACAUAUACUACAACAAAGAAGAGUCUAACUCGAGCGAAGGAGAAGACAUUAUUGAGUACAGAGAGACAACACUUCCUGUGCGAUCGGCAGAGCAUAGUAGGAAGAGAGAUGCAGCGGAAGAGGAUGCUAAGAAAGCAAGAAAGAUGGCCAACCAGGAAAUAGGGGAGAUGCACCAGAUGGAAAAGCAGCAGUUUGUGGAGGAUAUGAAAGAGCAGGAAAAAAGAGUGGAAAUGCGCGAGCGAGGAUGGAAGGCAAACAGCAGGCCGCUGAUCUGGAAAUACGAAAUAGAAGGCCAUGAAGAUGAGACGGAGCCCAUAAAUGAAGAAGCAGUGAUAGAGAAGUUUAGAAAUAACAUAGAAAAAACGUAUAUAAAGCACCCUAAGAAGUACAGCACAGAGCAGUAUUACAACAAGACGCACAGCAAAAAGAAGAAAAAUCUAAACGAGACAGAGCUAAAAAGAAUAAAGGAUCGAAUAGAAACAAACCGGCUGCUGGAAGUGCAGGCAAAUCUGAGAAGACGAACUAAGGAGGAGCAGGGCAUGCUAAACAAAACAAGAAACCUCCACGUAAAGCUGAAGGAGAUAGGGCACCAAACAGAAGCAUCGGAAAUCUUUGCGCUUCUCACACAGGAGUAUAUUUUCCAGAAAAAAGACAUAGUGCAUUUUAUGGGAGACUCGCUAAACAACUUGUCGUCUAUACACAACAAAGUGGCAGAAAGCACAGACUAUUUUCUUCGGUGUCUUGAGUUCAUAGAGCAGAAAAUAACGAUUGAGUAG